AUGGCAUCCUCACCACUAGUCCGAGAGGCAUCUUCAUCAGAUGUUCCUCAAAUCCUAAGCUUUAUUCGUGACGGCGGAGAAGAGCAAUCUCCCGGGGCCCACGUCGCUGCUACAGAGGAAACGCUGUCAAAGACGCUAUUCCUUUCAGACGUAUCAGACAACAAGCCUCGUUUGGGCAGACCACUUCUCAUCUUCUCGCCUGAUGGGAAACCGGCGGGACUUUUAAUCUACUUCUUCAACUAUACAACAUGGGGGGCUGCACCUGGGGUUUGUAUGGAGGAACUUUAUGUCGUUCCCGAGUAUAGACGACAUGGCUAUGCCCGAUUGCUGGUUCAGGCUCUAGCCAGAGUGGCCAAAGAAGCUGGCUGUGUCAAGAUGGAGUGGCUUUGUCUUGCGGAUAAUACAAAGGCUUUGAAGUUUUAUGAGAAGUUGGGAGCUGUGCGGAAGCAUGAUUGGACUGUGCUCAAGGUUGAUCAGGAUGGUAUUGAUCAAUUGAUGCGGGAUGAUUGA